CGUCUGCGUCUGCGUUGCCGCCUACCCCAAGCGAAGCUCCAAGGUAUAGCUUGGGUUAUUGCUGCUCAAGCCAAACAAACGUCAACGAAACAUCUCCGUCAAGAAUAAAAAACAAGCAUCCGAAGUCCAAAACGAUUCAUCUUGACACAUCAACCUCAUAAUCAACACAGGUGUACAUCGUUGCGGCAGCGCCAUGAAUAUCGACACGAUUCCUGAUUUUCUGGGUGAGCAACGAGACGCGGCCCCAGCGGAACUUCAACAUCUCUUCAUCUCCUUCGAAGAUUACUGGGAGAGGAAGCUAUGGCAUCAGUUGACAGAUGCUCUGGUUGAGUUUUUCAACAGCCCGGAGAGCGGACCUCAAAGGCUUGCCUUUUAUAAGACAUUCAUCCACACUUUCGCCGAUAAGAUCAACCAGCUCAGACUUGUUACCCUGGCACUCAACGCCGCCACUCAGUGCAGAGAUAGCCAAGAGCGCCUGUCUUUCCUAAAUUCUGUUGCAGCGAAGGUCAACGACUCAAAAUCCCAGGAUGCAUACGUCUACGCCAUCGUUGCUGUUGCAACGGUUAAACUUGAACUGCAAGAUCUUACCGGAUCUAGAGCAGAUCUCGAUAACGCAGAGAAGAUUCUAGACCACUUCGACUCUGUUGAAACCAUCGUCCACGCAGCUUUCUACCGCGUUAACGCCGAUUACUACCAAGCAAAACUAGAUUUCGCAUCAUACUAUCGAAACGCCCUAUUAUACCUUGCAUGUAUCGACCUGGCUGAUCUCACACCUGCGGAAAGGCGGAACCGCGCAUACGACCUGAGCAUUGCUGCCCUUAUCUCAACCUCCAUAUACAACUUUGGAGAACUACUUCUGCAUCCUAUUCUGGAUUCCCUGGUAGACGAGGACGCUUGGUUGGUCAAGCUGCUGUUUGCCUUCAACAGAGGAGAUUUGGCUGCGUAUGACGUCUUGGCUGGUCACAUUUCCGAGAACAAGUUACUGUCGUCGCACAAGAAGGGGUUGAGGCAGAAGAUUUAUCUUUCUGCUCUGACUGAGGCCGUAUUCCGCAGGCCUCCACAUGACCGUGCCAUGUCGUUCCACACGAUCGCUGAGGAGACGAAGGUUCGACCUGAUGAGAUCGAGCACCUAAUCAUGAAGGCUUUGAGCUUGGGGCUGCUGAGGGGUAGCAUAGACCAGGUUGACGAAGUUGCACGUAUCAACUGGGUGCAGCCAAAGGUUCUGGAUAUGAAGCAGAUCAAGGGCAUGAGGUUGCGACUUCAGGAGUGGGAUACAAGCGUUAAUGAACUUGGGAACUGGAUUGAAUCCAAAGGGCAGGAUGUCUGGGCGGCUUAGAAUGGCAAGGAAGACAUGCUGGGCGUCUGGGAGCUUGGCAACGGUUGUACAAUAGCAGUUGCAGCCAUAAUAGGCAUUUGCGUCCCAACAAGGAGUUAGACCGAGGCAGGAAUGAUAA